GAGUGCUGGUCGAUUGACGGUUAACUGUGUGUCGAGCUCGGCGUGAUUGGCCAAAAGCUACAACCAAAAGUCGAUGAUGAUGUUGACGGCCCGAGCGUUGCGGGACCUCCGACACCGCCUUCAGCCCUGUGGACUAUCUGGAGCUGCUGCUGCCGUUUCCCAAAGAGUCAUCCGAGCGACUUCCGCAGCUCAUCUCUCACGCCAUUCAAUCGCUCCUUCCUCGUCGCAAUUCCUCCUCCUCAAUCCCGUAGCUUCCGUCUCGACAGACAUGGCACAAAACGGAACGUCAGGCCAGGAGGCGCAGGAGCCUGUCACGCCCAAGCUCAACUCGCUCUCGUUGACCGAAUACGCAACAAACCCAUCUCCACCGUCGCAGGACCCCCGACAAAAGGCAAUUGACGCUGGAGUGCCCGAGUCCUUCCUCUUGCCCAAUGGCUAUCCAGACUACCUCCGUCUCAUCCUCACCUCGCGCGUCUACGAUGUCAUUGAGCAGACUCCCCUCACACAUGCUGUCAACCUUAGCAAUCGUCUCGAAAGCCAGGUCUUCCUCAAACGCGAGGACCUACUUCCCGUCUUCAGUUUCAAGCUGCGCGGAGCAUACAACAAGAUGGCUCAUCUGAGUCCGCAAGAGAAGUGGAAGGGUGUCGUCGCUUGCUCGGCUGGCAACCACGCCCAGGGUGUCGCAUAUUCGGCGCGCAAGCUCAAGAUGCCCGCAACCAUCACCAUGCCGCUUGGAACACCCGCUAUCAAACACACAAAUGUCUCGCGACUUGGUGGUGCCGUCGUUCUGCAUGGAAACGAUUUUGACGAGGCCAAGGCCGAAUGCGCCCGUCUUGCUGAGGCCCACGGUCUGACCAACAUCCCCCCCUUCGACGACCCUUAUGUCAUCGCUGGUCAAGGUACCAUUGGUAUGGAGAUUGUACGUCAAGCCGAUCUGACCAAACUUGAGGCUGUGUUUUGUUGUGUGGGUGGAGGAGGUCUGAUCGCCGGUAUCGGAGUCUACAUCAAGAGAAUUGCGCCUCACGUCAAGAUCAUCGGUGUCGAAACAUACGAUGCAAACGCCAUGGUCCAGUCUCUGAAGCUGGGCAAGCGUGUCACUUUGAAGGAAGUCGGUCUGUUUGCCGACGGCGCUGCCGUCAAGACGGUCGGAGAGGAGACUUUCCGUCUGGCUAGCGAAGUUGUCGACGAUGUCAUCAUGGUCACAACCGAUGAGACAUGCGCUGCCAUCAAGGAUGUCUUCAACGAUACUCGGUCCAUUCUUGAGCCUGCUGGUGCUCUUGCUCUUGCUGGUUUGAAGAAGUACGUUGCUCAGAACCCCAGCUCGGACGCCAAACGCCAGUUGGUUGCUACUGCUUCUGGUGCCAACAUGGACUUUGAUCGUCUGCGCUUUGUCGCCGAACGUGCUGCUAUUGGUGAGAAGAAGGAGGCUUUGCUCAUGGUCGCCAUUCCGGAAAGGCCUGGUGCCUUUGCUGCUUUGGUCAAGGCUGUCCAUCCCAUGUCUGUCACUGAAUUCUGCUACCGCUAUGCUUCGCCAACCGAGGCCAACGUCCUCAUCGGUAUCAGUUUGAACGCCAACACUCGCGAGCACGAUCUCGCCGAUCUCAUCCACCGUCUUUCCAAAGAAGGCAAGACUGCUGUUGAUAUCUCAGAGAACGAGACUGCCAAGUCUCACAUCCGUUACCUCGUCGGUGGCCGUAGCAAGGCCUUGAACGAGCGCGUCUUCGCCUUCGAGUUCCCUGAGCGUCAAGGUGCUUUGUUCAAGUUCUUGACAACCUUGCAGCCAGGAUUCAACAUCUCUCUCUUCCAUUACAGAAACCAUGGUGGAGACAUCGGCAAGGUCUUGGCCGGCAUCCAAUGCCCACAGGGCCAAGAGGAGAAUCUGAACUCUUUCUUGACUGAGCUGGGCUACGGUUAUGUCGAGGAGACCAACAACCCAGUCUUCAAGAUGUUCAUGACCGAGCCUUGAUCAAUCCGUCUUCCAUCGACCGCUUGGCUUCUACUCAAAGCACCGGUCCAGCAUACUUUGUGAUUAAUAUGCGAUUUGCUGCAGUGCACCACACACUUCUUCCGAUACCCAGUCACGUUCACAACUUGUUCUGUUCAUUUUCCUUGCUUUGUAAACUACACGAUAUGAUUUCCUACUUCUCUCGCAAACACUAUAGACUUGGCUUGCUUCUACCAGCGCACAGAGUUGGACCGGUAUUGGGUGUACAAAGGUUUCGAGACCAUCGGGUGUAUGUUCCUUUCUCCUCAUAAAAUUUCGCGGAUCACGCGCAAUUAGAGUAUGAUUGUAUGCAUUGAUUGAUUGAACGAGUUACUCCAUUGUCCU